UGCGCGGCGUGAACCUGCGGGACCCGCGCGGCGGUGUGGGCGCUGACCAUGGCUGACGGCGGCCGGACACCUCAGGCCCGGGCGCUCCUGCAGCAGUGUCUGCACGCCCGACUGCAAGUUUGCCCAGCCGAGGGGGACGCCACGGCCCAGUGGGUGGAGGUUCAGAGAGGAUUAGUGAUUUACGUGUGCUUCUUCAAGGGAGCUGAUAAAGAACUUCUUUCCAAAAUGGUUAAUACAUUGUUAAAUGUGAAAUUAAGUGAGACAGAAAAUGGCAAGCACGUCUCUAUAUUGGAUCUACCUGGUGAUGUUCUUAUCAUUCCUCAAGCCACCCUUGGAGGCAGAGUAAAAGGAAGAAAUAUGCAGUAUCACUCUAACUGUGGAAAAGAAGAAGGGUUAGAACUUUAUUCCCACUUUGUGACUCUAUGUGAAAAAGAAUUAGCUGCAAACAUCAAGUGUGCUGAAGCUGGGGUUGUAGUAAAACAUGGCACUUACGGGAACAGGCAAGUACUAAAGCUUGAUACCAAUGGACCAUACACACAUCUGAUUGAAUUUUGAAAAAUUAAAGGUUAGUUUCCACACCUGUUUAUGUAUUAAAAGAGCUGAACUCUAGUUAGAUUUUCUACUUCUUCAUCUUGAAUACACUCAUCUGCAGCACAUUUAGGCAAGAAAAUCCUGGAUCCUAUAAAUAACUGUAACUUGAUAAUCAGAUGACCUUGCCUGGUCACAUAACUCUGAAUCUGUCACUUUUUGUUCUACAGUGCUCCACCCUUCCACUAAAAAUUUGAAAAAUGUCAUCUAUUUACCUCAUAGACAUUAAGAAAAUCUUCUUGACCAGAUUUUAAAAAUUAUAUAUUAUAUAUGCAUUUAACAUAUUUUGUAAUGAAUAAAUUUAUACAGUCAAUAAAAAUACAUGUUAUGCCACCAAGUUUAUAUAGUAAUAAAAAUAAUUAUUUGUAUUAAAAUGAGGUAAGACCCAGCACAAAACAACUAUAACUUCAUCUAUUUUGUAUUACUAUUCCAGUUUUACUUUUUUCUUUAUUCUUAAUUUUAUAUCAUUUAUUUUUAUUUUUUGAUGGUGCUAGGGAUUAGACCUUGACUAGACAAGCACUUUAUCACUGUGCUAUAUUCCCAGAACAGUUUUCUGUAAUUUGAAUAAAAGCAGGUCUUUUACUAUUGUUUUUAAUAUCUAUAAAA